UCUCUCGUACAUGCAGUGAGUUAGAUACAUAUUCGACGGAUAACAUCCGCCUGCUGCCUUCUGUCGCGUAUCUGUACUAAUGAUUUGCCUCAGUUAGUCGGUUGUUUUGUGAAUAUAUACUCGGAUCGAAACUAACUUCAGCUUCAACUUCGACAAGGGGCAGUAUAUAGAGGAAACCUCAGAGCCGCAAGAGCGCUACAGCAAGUAUCUUGGAGGUACGGCAGAUCUCACAAAAGAAUACACACACUGAAUUUAUUCCAACCGCGUUCGCGCAACAACAAAAAUAAUAGAUAAAGCGACAUCAACAUAAAUAAUUACGAAAAUGCGCCAAGAAAUAAAAAGCGCAGAUAAAUUUCAAUCGUAUUAAAGCCAAAGAAUCUGGCUAUUUGUUUGUGUUGAACGAGUGUAAGUGGGGGGUACAAACAGCUGUUGGGGCAACAAAAGCAUCCACCUCACAGAAUUUUCUGAGUGCUGAAUACAUUUCGACAGCAGACGCAAACGACAACAAAACAAUACUACGAUUCUCCCACUUUCCGUGCUGGUAAAAACGUAGCACUUGUGUUUCUCCAAUCAGUAACAAGCUGCCAACUACACUUGCUAAAAGGCAAAUGCGCCAUUCCUAUUAAGAACGAGUCCAGCUAACAUCACCCGCGUUAUGUUUUUACGAAGAAUGCUCUUCCUGGCCGGCCUGGUGCUGCUGUUCGGAGGACUCCCGCACCUCACCUCCCCCACAACGACGACCAGCUUGGUGGCCGCCAUGUCCAUCGCCAACCAGGACUUGGAGCGCUACUUCAGACCAGGCAACGGCACGCACACCUUCUCAGGCAUGGAGGACCGCAUUGCCGUCGACGUCUACAACUACGCCUAUCUCAACUGGUCUUACGUGGACCACGCCAACGUGCUGUGCAACAUGGACUUCCCCCAGGAGCAGGCUCGCUACGGGGAAGGCAAGGUGCUGAACGUCACGGGGCGUCUAAUCCACAUCAGCGCCACGGAGAACGUCAGCGAUGACUACGCGUGCACCCCUUACAUCCGGGGAACUCUGGGAGCUCCCACGCCGGAGAAGGGUGUGUCCUGGAUAGCCUUGGUCCGCCGGGGACGCUGCACCUUUGAGGAAAAAGUCAAGCAUGUCUACCAGCAGAACGCCGCCGGUGUCAUUAUAUACAAUGACAAACAAGUGAUGCAGCUGGAAAAGAUGCAGAUCAAGGGAAAAACCAGAAAUAUUGCCGCAGUGAUAACGUAUCAGCAUAUUGGCCAGGAUCUGGCCAUGACCCUUGAUAGGGGCUACAAUGUCACCAUCUCCAUCGUCGAGGGGCGACGUGGUGUACGCACCGUCAGCAGCUUAAAUAGGACGUCAGUGCUGUUCGUGUCCAUAUCAUUUAUAGUUUUAAUGAUUAUUUCGCUGGUGUGGCUCAUUUUCUACUACGUUCAGAGGUUUCGUUAUAUGCAGGCAAAAGAUCAACAAUCGCGCAAUCUGUGCUCUGUUACCAAGAAGGCUAUCAUGAAGAUCCCAACGAAGACGGGAAAAAGCAGCGACGAGAAGGACUUGGACAGCGACUGCUGCGCCAUUUGCAUCGAGGCCUACAAGCCCACGGACACCAUUCGGAUACUGCCAUGCAAACACGAGUUCCACAAAAACUGCAUCGAUCCGUGGCUCAUCGAGCACCGGACCUGCCCCAUGUGCAAGCUCGACGUGUUGAAGUUCUACGGAUACGUGGUGGGUGACCAAAUAUAUCAAACCCCCAGUCCGCAGCACCCAGCGCCCAUUGCCGCGGUGACUGGGGGCCAGCCCUCCAUCGAGGAGGUGCCCGUCAUUGUUGUGGCCCUGCCGACAGGACAGCCCAUCCUCCAGGAGCUGCAGGCCUCCAACAUGAGUAGUUUCGCUCCCAGCCACUAUCUUCCGCGUAGUAGUAGUCCUAGCAGUAGUGUCCACCCCCAGCUGCCACCGCUUGCGUACCAACACCACCCGCUGCAGUUGGCAGCGGAGCGCGGGAGACGCAACUCAGCUCCCGCCACAAUGCCAAACACCAUCAUUUGUACUGCCAGUCAUCAGGUCACCGACGUUUAAGUCAUCUUCGAACCCACGAAUAAGUCUAAGGCCCAACAUCUACGGCAUAUUCAGAAGUAAGCUGCAGAUUGCUCCUUUCAUCAUUUCACGGAUUAACUUUUCUUGAGCUUGCUAAAUUCGAAGUGCAGUAGUGCCGACCCAUGGUAACGAAAAGGCUUUGGUACUUUGGUACCAUAUAUCCGAUCAUUUGUAAAUAAUACCAUGUAAGAACUGUGUACUUAAAAGCGGAUAUGAAGACUUUAAUUUUAGUUAUACAUGAACCCCACGCAUAUGAAUACGUAUUUAAGCUACCAUACAAAAAACCGAUAGAAGUUCAACUUGAAAACGGAAUUACGAUAAACUUAAAUCGCAUAGGGUUUAAGUAAAUACUUAAGUUUUGUGUAAGUGUAACAAUUGUCGAUACAACUAUAUAACUACGCCUACCUAAAAUACUAUACCAAUACAAUUAAAACAGUGACUAUAUUUAAAACUGUAGAGGAUUAGUGUUGAAUGCAAUAAUUUUAGCAAAGUCAACGACUGAUUUGCUAGUCAAAGCUCUGCCGAUUAGACACAUAAAGAGAUAAACAAAUCAAUCGCACUCAGCGCACAUUAUGUAAUAAUAUUUACUGUAAUAUCGAAGGUGCCAAAGUAUCUGUUUUAAGUUGUUUACAUUUAAUAAAUCGAUUAGUUUUUUUAAGAGCCCUCAUUUGUUUCAACUCUACACGUCUUUAUGCCGUUAAUUUUUUUCAAUUGAUCUUGGAUUGUUUUAUUUUUACAUACAGUUGGCUUGUGUAGUAUUUACUUUAUGUUCUUUUUCUGGAUUAUAGCUCGAUUUGAUAGUUUUACCAUACAAUAUAUACAAAUUAAACAAGACCACGCUGACUGUUUGGAAUUGCCAAAAAGUCGUAGAUAAUCUCUGAUAAACCCCUCUAACAAAUUGUGGACUCAAACAUUUUUAAGAACCAACCAAUAAACAUAUUACUUUUGAA